AUGGCAAAUUUGUUGGAUCCGCUUUCAAAAGUGUCCGUGACAUCUCGUUCCGAUCAGUCUACGGAAUAUGCCUCAAAACGGCCCCGUCUGGAAAAAUUCCCAGAUACAUCUGCCAAUGGACCAAUAGCCAUGCCUCAGAAUACCUCCCUCGUGGACAAUGUUGUAAGCAUUGCUCACUCUUCAGCCAGUACUAGGACACCUUAA